AUGGGCUCCUCCAAUUCUGGACAGCAGAAAAUAAGUGUACGAACCAAUGUGAUGUCUAACCUCGAAUCAACUUCUGUGAGAGAAAAAAAUCGAUACAGAAACAGUUACAAUGCAGAGAAACUUACAAGGGUCAGUGUAAUGUGUUUACUUUUGAAUGAGUCUCAUUCUGUGAUUUUUGUGUCCUCCUAAGCAAAGUACCCAGAGAUUAAGUCCCUGAUGGGGCCUGACCCACAGUUGAAGUGGGUGGUGACGGGGAUGGUCCUCACCCAGCUUCUGGCCUGCUAUAUGGUCCAAUAGCCUCUCCUGGAAGUGGGUGUUCUUCUGGUCGUACGGCUUCGGCGGCUGCAUCAACCACUCGCUGACCCUCGCCAUCCACGACAUCUCGCAUAACGUGGCCUUCGGCAACAAGCUGGCACGCCUCAACCGCUGGUUCGCCAUGUGGGCCAACCUCCCCAUCGGACUGCCCUAUUCGGCCUCGUUCAAGAAGUACCACAUUGACCACCACCGUUACCUGGGUGGCGACGGCCUAGAUGUGGACAUCCCCACGGACGUUGAGGGCUGGUUCUUCUGCACACCCCUGCGCAAGGUCCUGUGGCUCUUUCUCCAGCCAUUGUUCUACGCACUGCGCCCCCUAGUGGUGAACCCCAAGCCGGUCUCUAGACUAGAGAUUAUUAACGCUGCCGUUCAAUUUGCAGUGAACUUCCUGAUAUUCUACCUGUGGGGGCUGAAGCCCAUAGUUUACCUCAUAGCCGGGUCCAUUCUAUGCAUGGGCCUACACCCCAUCUCUGGACACUUCAUAGCGGAGCACUACAUGUUCCUGAAGGGACACGAGACGUACUCCUACUAUGGCCCACUGAACUGGAUCACCUUCAACGUGGGCUACCACAUGGAGCACCAUGACUUCCCCAGUAUACCUGGCAGUAAGCUGCCUCAGGUGAGUUGAAAUCUCAAACACAGUGUUGAUAGUGGACCACCAUUUUAGGUCGACUAUGAUUUUAGGUCAACCCAAUCUGAAAUCUCAAUGGACUACCAUGAUUUUAGGUCCAAUAUUAAAUCUCAAUAGUGUACCAUGAUUUUAGGUCCACCAAUCCCCCCCCCCCCCCCCCCCCCCACAAAAUUGUACCCCUGUAUGUGGCUUACUUGAUCAGUGGAAAUUAUCGCUGGUGGCAGAUGUCUGUCUCAAGAUAAUGCUCUAAACAAUGUCACCAAUGGGAGAAGCAUCAGAUAGCAGAUGAGAGAGGCGUUUCAACCACAGGAGGUUGGUGCCACCUUAUUUGGGGAGGACAGGCUUAUGGUAAUGGUAGGAGUGGAAUAAGUGGAAUGGUAUCAAAUACAUCAAACACAUGGUUUGAAUCCAUUCCAUUCACUCCUUUCCAGCCAUUAUUAUGAGCCGUCCUCCCCUCAGCAGCCUCCACUGGUUUCAACUGCAAGUAUUGAUUAAAAGACUGGCCUGAAUUUAUAACUCAUGAACUAUUGGUGUAACGCCUGAGACCAAUAUGAUUAUUUUUACACUUUCUAACCUCUACAAAUAUGCACUCUAAAGUCAACUGUUGUGUGGUUUUUUUUUUCUUUGUCUUCAGAAAAUGUGUGCACCUCCUAUUAGUUUUGUCAGUUGUGGGGAAAGAUGAUUAUUCUCCUUCUAAAUGACAAGCCCUAGUGCUAUUUGCUGUUAGGUUACCUAGGAAUACAAGUCAUUAUCAACCUCCAAAUAAUACCCUGACAUGACUUCUGUUGGCUCCUCGUGCAGACAAAGCCCCCUCUAACUGCCCUGUUAUCUGUCCCAGGUGAAGAUGAUAGCAGCAGAGUACUACGACUCCCUACCACAGCACACUUCCUGGACCCGGGUGUUGUGGGACUUUGUCUUUGAUGACAGCAUCGGUCCCUACACCAGGAUCAAGCGGGAAUAUAAGCUGGUCAAGCAGGAGUAGGUGCCACAACAAAACACUUUCCCCCAAUAUUCAGUGCUACCGAUUGUCAUAGUGAAACAUCGUUUUUUUGCCUCGUUUUAAUCAUGUGAUUUACUUGACAAUAGCAUAUGUGGGCAGGCGAAAGGCACAAUGUCGAUCCUAAAGUUUACCAUACCGUGAGUGUGCAGAACAGUGCAGAGAUUGAAACAUUGAAACUUACCUUGCAGUAUGAGGAGCUGUUUUUUCAGUGAAGCUCUGUUUGAUGCUCACCACACAAAAGUUAGUUUUUUAAUCAAGAAGAUAAAUAUAUAAUAUUGCUAACAAUGUUCCUAACAAAAAUGUAAUUUAAUAAAAAGUUAUGUUAUUACA